AGCAUAAUCUGAUAGGGCAAAAUGGAACUCCAUCGGUUAAAAUUUUGAUCAUUUUCGUUCAGUGGAUUUCGUGCUAGCUCCCCUACUAUUACUAAAUAAUAAGCAAUAAUCCAUGCCACCUUCCUGUAUGCAAAUAUGCAAUAAACUUCUUUGAGUUACAAACAGGAAGCGUGACAUAGAAAAUAUGCGUAUCAUUUUUCGGUUACCACCACAAUACAUUGACAAACAAAAAUGAAAAGUAGCACUAACUAAUCGUCCAUAUUCAUUUAUCAUUUACGUCAGUAUUAGACAAUGUACAAAAGGUCUAAUGCGUAAUGCUUGUCUGUAAUAUAAGAAGCAAUUUACGAGCGAUUAGGCUAGUGUAAUGGUAUAAUCAUGGCGAUCGUGUCACUACUAGUGCUACUAGCCAUCCUUAUGGUCAAAUGGUGGUCCAACAGAAGACGUGCCGAUUUAACAAACAAACUUCCCGGACCUUACCACUAUCCUUUUUUCGGGGCGCUACCUCACUUCUUAUUUUCACCGGAUAAAACAUGGAGAUACCUCCACAAGUUCGCAAAAGCUGACGCCCUACCGAUCUACAAAACCCUGGUGCUCAACACCCUUUACGUUAAUCUAAUGGUACCAGAAGACAUUCAGGUGCUGCUAUCCUCUGGGAAGUACCUUAACAAAGGCCAAACGUAUCAGUUGCUCGAACCUUGGGUCGGAAAGGGACUGUUUAACAGUUCAGGGAUGAAGUGGUGGGAAAGAAGGAAAAUGACAGGGCCAGCAUUUAGCAUUGGCACCAUGCGUAAGUUUGUGGAGGCCUUCAAGGAGCACGCCGAGAAAUUCACUCAACUUAUCGAGCGAGAAAGUAAGAAGGAAUACACAGAGAUUGAGCCCCUCGUAUCGAAAGGCACAAUGCACGUAGUUUGUGAAACGGUAAUGGGUACAAAAUUAGACGAAGACAAUGAAGAAGUAGGUAAAUAUCUAGCAGCGUCACAUCGGAUCGGUGAACUAUUCAUUCAUCAGCUUAGUAGACCGUGGUACGCAUUUCUGCCAAUAUACCUGUUAACUCCCAGUUACUGGGAAUCGAGGAAGGUCUUGAAAGUGCUACACGACUUUACACAUAACAUAAUUCAAGAAAAGAGGAAGAACUUUGCCAGUAAAGGUGCUUUUUCGAAACGAGGUGCAGGGUUACUCGAUUUGCUAAUUGAGAAUAGCUUGGACGAACGAAUUCCUGUGGCCGAUAUUCGGGAAGAAGCAGAUGCUUUUAUGUUUGCGGGCCACGAUACAACUACCAGUAUGAUCUGCUUCGCCUUGCUACUGCUGGCCAGCCAUAGCGAAAUACAGCAAAAGGUUUAUGAAGAAGUCGAGGGAGUGUUCAGCAAAACCGACGACAGCACCUUUUACGAAGACUUGCAAAGUAUGCGUUAUUUAGAUCAGGUGUUAAAGGAAACCCUGAGGUUAUACCCCAGCGGGCCUAUGAUAUCGCGAUACAUCACGGAAGAAAUGACAACACACACCGGAUACACCCUCCCAAAGGGCACCAAUGUCAACGUGCGCAUAUAUGACAUCCACCACGACCCCAAAUUCUAUCCAGAUCCGUACAAAUUCGAUCCGGAGAGGUUUUCGCCGGAAAAUUGCAAAAAUCGACACCCUUUCGCCUACCUCGCCUUUAGCGCUGGUCCUAGGGGCUGCAUAGGAAACAAAUUCUCAUUAUUACUGGGAAAAAGUAUUAUAUCGGCGAUUUUAAGGGAGUACGAAGUGAUGCCCGUCGAUACACCGAAAAGUAUUGUAUUGGCGGCUCACGUAGUUUUAAAAACGAAGAAACCGAUUAAACUCAAAUUUAGAGGACGUUAAGUUCCUCUGUUUUCUUUAGUAUUUAUUUAUUAGCUUCAUUUAUUGUAUACCUGUUGAGAUAUUCGAUUUAUUGUGUUUAAAAGCAAUGCAUUGUA